AAGCAGAAGACGGAGCGGCCAUAUUGCAUCUGGGCAGUAGAGCCCGGCUUAUGCAUUUACAGUUUACACGAGAGAUAUGUGUACUUUGGCUACCUCGCUCUGUGUGAGAAGGAAAGUGAUGUAUCAGAGUUAACUUGAAGGAAGAAAAUGGAUAUGUCCAAAUGUCCCACUGUAGCCUUAUCAAGCGGGCAUCACAUACCUAUUCUGGGUCUAGGGAUGUCUCAUCAUGGAGGAUAUUCCCACAAUGCACUGCUCUAUGCUUUGAGAGACUGUGGUAUCCGGCACAUUGACACAGCUAAACGGUAUGGCAAUGAGGAACUGGUUGGAAAAGCAAUAUCUGACAGUGGAGUGAGAAGGGAAGAGUUGUGGAUCACCACUAAGCUAUGGCCAGGGGACUAUGGAUAUGAAAAAGCUACGCAAGCGUGUCUAGAUUCAUGUAAACGGCUCGGAUUGGAGUAUCUAGAUCUGUAUUUGAUGCACUGGCCUGAUGCCAAUAUUCUGGGUAAGAGUCCCCGGGAGGGGCGAGCAGAGACAUGGAAGGCUCUAGAGGAUUUGUAUUACAGAGGAAUCUGUCGUUCAAUUGGCGUCAGCAAUUUUCUCAUUCCUCACUUGGAUCAGCUGAAGGAAGACUGCAGUGUGGUUCCUCAUCUCAACCAGGUAGAGUACCAUCCCUUUCAGAGGCCACAGAAGCUGGUAGAUUAUUGUAGGAGAAAUAAUAUUGUAUUUGGAGGGUACUGUCCUCUGGAAGGACAAGCUCUGACACAUCCAGUCAUCUUGAAACUUGCAAAGGAUCAUGGGAAGACACCGGCUCAAAUCUGUAUACGUUGGAGCAUCCAGAAUGGCAUUAUCACCAUCCCAAAAUCCACAAAAGAGUGCAGAAUCCAUGAGAACAGCCAGGUGUUUGACUUUCAUCUGCAGCAGAGUAACAUGAACCUGAUAUCUUCAUUGCACAGUAACAAGAAGCUCAUCCAUCUGACCUACCCAUUGUGGAAAGGAUGAAUCCAGAAUCCAAACACAACUUUCCAAACACUGAAGACCUCAUUGUGGGAUGCACAUAAUAACUACUAUCACAUGAAUCCCUUGUGUAUUCAAAUGUAAUGCUUGGCCGGCCAGCAAGUGUGUUCAUGUUAAUAACUAUUACAAUGAAUGUUGACUGUUCAACAUCUCUUGCUGUUUCUUUGUAUGUAAUUAUAUUGUUUUAAGAUGUUACACUCUUGUCUUUACUCCCAAUUGUUUAACCUCCGUUGCUAUAUACUUGACCUAUACAGUCUGUGGGUCAUUGUGACCUGUUUCCCUGCAUAUAGAAAGCCAUAGGUCAGGUACAUUUACUCUCUAACAGCAGACAAGGGGGGGGGGGGGGGGGGUGCUCUUUACCCCCCUGGGUUUCCCCCCAGCACACUGAAAAUUACCUGUAACCAUACCUGAACCUAUCUGGUAAUAGAAAUUCAGAGAAUUAGACACACAUGUUUGCAAACGCAUGUUUAGCUGCUGAGCCGCUUCGCGGCUUCUCUGAUAUCAGCAGUACUAACACUACAUAAUAGCAGUGCCCACAUAGGGCCAUGUAAUUUGUCUACAUUAGGCCUCAUGAUAAAGGCUAUUACUAAAACACAUCCAGACAGAGAGCUAACGUACCCGGGAGCCACCUUCAGGAUCUCCCAUUGGCACUACAAGGAACAGCAUGCCUUCCAAAUACUGCUCCCAUUCAAUGCCUCUCACACACAAGCAAACAAACAAUAGCAGUUGCUCGGUCAUUCCUGGAGAUAAUUAUAUAUCAGGUGCUAGAAAGGGGGAGGGGUCACAAACAAACGCAGACAGAGAGAUGGGGUGCUCUUUCCCCCCCUGGGUAUCCCCCCAGCACACUAAAAAUUACCUGUAACCAUACCUGAACCUAUCUGGUAAUAGAAAUUCAGAGAAUUAGACACAAGUUUGCAAACACAUGUUUAACUGCUGAGCCACUUCACGGCUUCUCCGAUAUCAGCAGUCCUAACACUACAUAAUAGCAGUGCCCACAUAGGGCCAUGUAAUUUGUCAAAUGCCAUUGUUUGUCUGCUUGUGUCUGAGAGGCAUUGAAUUGGGAGCAGUAUUUGGAAGGCAUACUGUUCCUUGUAGUGCCAAUGGUAAAUCCUGGGAGUGGCUCCCGGGUAAGUUAGCUCUCUGUCUGGAUGUGUUUUAGUAAUAGCCUUUAUCAUGAGGCCUACUGUAGAUAAAUUACAU